AUGGCGACCUCCCAGCGCGUUGUCAUUAUCGGCGCCGGCGUUGUCGGCACUAACCUCGCUGACGAGCUGGUUUCACGAGGAUGGAACAACAUCACCGUCGUUGAGCAGGGUCCAUUGAGCAUGCCCGGUGGCUCAACAUCGCAUGCGCCCGGUCUAGUCUUCCAGACCAAUCCCUCCAAAACGAUGACCUUACUCGCGAAGUACACAGUCGAAAAGCUGCAAGCGCUCGAGAAAGACGGUCAAAACUGCUUCAACCAAUUGGGUGGCUUGGAAGUUGCGACAACUCCAGAACGACUGGAGGAGCUCAAGCGCAAACACGGAUAUGCGCAAUCAUGGGGUAUCGAGGCAAACUUGAUCAGUCCCGAUGAAUGUCUCGAGAGGUACCCUCUCCUUAACAAGGACAUGGUGCUAGGUGGUCUUCACAUUCCAAGCGACGGCCUAGCACUAGCAGCUCGUGCGACACAGAUCCUCAUCGAAAACACGCGCAACGCCGGCGUCAAGUACCUCGAGCACACCGUCGUUACCGGAAUCGAACAAGCGGACGGCCGUGUCACCGGUGUGACGACCAACAACGGUUCUGUACCAGCGGAUAUAGUUGUAUCGUGUGCUGGCUUCUGGGGCGUAGAGAUUGGAGCUAUGAUUGGGCUGAAGGUUCCUCUCCUUCCUCUAGGGCACCAGUACGCGAAGACUACAGCUGUCCCCGGUCUCGAGAACCGCGAAGUCAACAAGAAGAUCAACGCCAUGAACGCCGAGCUGCCGAUCCUACGACACCAGGACCAAGACUUAUACUACCGAGAACAUGGCGAACAGUUUGGUAUUGGGUACUAUGGCCACCGUCCGAUGCCCGUCAAGGCUUCAGACUUGGGCGUGACACCCAAACAUGUCGAUGAGAAGCACAUGCCUUCUCGUUUGGACUUCACACCCGAAGACUUUGAGCCUGCCUGGAAGGCCACCAAAGAGCUGCUUCCAGUACUGCGCAACACUGAGAUCGCAGAUGGUUUCAACGGUAUCUUCUCUUUCACGCCAGACGGUGGAUCCGUCGUUGGACAAGCUCCCAAUCUCGACAACUUCUGGGUCGCCGAAGCCGUGUGGGUGACACACUCGGCCGGUGUAGCUCGAGCUGUAGCAGAGACCCUUACAGAGGGCCGUUCAACUAUCGACAUUGCUGAGUGUGAGUUGACACGAUUCGAGGAAGUCCAGCUGAGCCCGGAAUACGUCAGCGAAACCUCGCAACAGAACUUCGUCGAGAUUUACGACAUCAUCCACCCUCUCGCGCCGAAAGAGAACCCUCGCAACCUUCGUGUCAGCCCCUUCUACGCACGACAACAGGAACAAGGCGCCUUCUUCUUGGAGGUAGGAGGCUGGGAGCGUCCACACUGGUACGAAGCGAACGCAGGCUUGGUCAACACCCUCCCGGAAGAGUGGAAGCCUGUUGAUCGGGACGCCUGGUCGUCCAAGUUCUACUCACCGAUUGCCGCGGCGGAGGCCUGGAAGACACGAAAUGCAGUAGCGUUGUACGACAUGACAACCUUCCACAGGUUCGAGGUGUCAGGUCCUGGUGCCGUCCACUUGCUCCAGAGGUUGACGACCAGUGACGUUUCUAAGCAACCCGGCGCCAUCACCCAUACAUUACUCGUCAACGGCCACGGUGGCGUACUGAGCGACAUUUUCGUUUCGAGAAUCGAGGAGGACCUUUUCCAAGUAGGUGCAAACACAGCGACCGAUCUUGCCUACCUCACGCGCGAAGCUCGCCGUCAACACAAGCACACAUCCGGUCAGUGGGCUCAGGUGCGAGACAUCACUGGAAGCACAUGUUGCCUUGGUCUUUGGGGUCCCCGCGCACGCGACGUCAUUCGCACGGUGAGCUCCGAUGACUACAGCAACAAAGGCUUGCCAUACAUGGGUGUGAAGAAGACAAGCAUAGCUGGAGUUCCCGUCACCAUGUUCCGAAAGUCGUUCGUCGGAGAGUUUGGUUGGGAGAUUCAGACCACACCUGAGUAUGGCCAGCGACUUUGGGACAUAUUGUGGGAGUCGGGCAAGCCCCACGGUCUAGUCGCUGCUGGUCGCGCUGCCUUCAACGGACUGCGAAUCGAGAAGGGCAUCCGAGCCUCGGGUUCCGACAUGACCUCCGAGCACAACCCUUGGGAGGCCGGCGUGACGUACGCGAUCCAGAUGGACAAGAAGGCGGACUAUGUUGGCAAGGCUGCGCUGGCGCAGCUUUCGAGGAAGGCAGCGUCUAAGCGACUUCGAUGCUUGACGGUCGACGACGGUCGUUCGGUGGUUCUGGGCAAGGAGCCUGUCUUCGUGGAAGGUCAAAGAGCCGGCUAUGUUACCAGCGCCGCUUUCGGCUACACGGUACGCAAGCCUGUCGCGUACGCAUGGCUACCCAGCACUGUGAGUGAAGGGAAGACCGUGGAGAUUGAGUACUUUGGCAAGAAGAUCAAGGCCACAGUGACUCGCGAUCCAUUGCACGAUCCUCAGGAGCAGCGCUUGAGGGAUGAAGGAUCAUCGGAGAAGCCGGAGCUGCAGAAGAGGCUGAAGGCGCUGCUGUAG